CUGCUGGUCCCGAAUUCGAGGAAAAUGAUUUUUCCGAGACACAAAUGAAUGAAAUCGUCGAUACUUACAGAAGAAGCGAGCAGUCGACAUGAAAAAGCCGAAAAAGUCGUUUUUCCGGAUAACCAGAAAAACGCUGAGGAAUCUUGGUAUUUUGGGAUACAGCAAAAAAGAUAACGUUUUCGGCAUCAACCCUCUCAUAAUUUCCAUCAUCUACAUCGGAAUAACCUUAGGACUAGCCGCUGUAGCUCGUAAAAUAGUCAAACUAAUUUUCGGAGACAGCGAAAGACUCGCCAAGCAUCUGAUAUUGGAAUUUAUAGCCACAAUCGAAUUAUGCGCCGCUUGUUACGAAUUAAUUAUUAUUGCUGACAAUUGGGGAAUAUCCUCCUACGCUUUAUUCCUGUUUCUAUUGACUGUUUGGUGGGGCACACAAUGGGAGGAAGCCACCGCGUGCCCUUACAACCCUUUAGAAGACGUGCUAGAAGGGGGAAAGAACACUAAAACUGCCAUUCUAACUGUUGCGUCGCAACUCGUAGGAGCACUGGUGACGUUCAAGUACGUUCAAGUAUUGUGGUCAUUGGAAUUGGUUGAAACGCACAUCGACAAGGCCUACGACGAUUGUACGGCCGAUUUGCAGGUGGACAUGAGCGUCGGGGCGCUGAUAGAAGCCAUAGCCACCUGCCUGUGCAGGCUGGUGUCGAGGUUGCUGAGCGAAACCGACGCCACCUACGGCAAUUACUUCGACGCCUUCUUCGGCACGAUGAUGGUGGUGGCAGCAUUUAAUUUUUCCGGUGGAUAUUUCAAUCCGGCAUUAGCGACGUCGCUGAAGCUGGGAUGCGAUGGAAACACGUUCCUCGAGCACGUUAUAGUCUAUUGGUUCGGAGCGAUUUGCGGUUCCGUUUUGGCCGUGUUUAUUUGGAAGUCUAAUCUUUUUCAAAAUAUCAUUGCGAACAUGAAACCGAAGAGCGAAUAAAAUAUGUGUUCAUUUUACCCGAAUAUUUCCGUUUGUUGGACGUGAAAAUUU